AUGUCCGACGUCGAGAUGGCUUCCGCCACUGCAAAAACCAUCGACGACACUGCCAUCGCCAACGCCAAGAAUCUCCGCACCGCCAUCUCCAAAUCCAUCGCCGAGAUCCAAGCGAUCGACCCCACCAUCCUCCGGCCCCACGUCGUCGAGUUCUAUCCCAGCUUCAACCCCACGCAGGUGACCUACAUCCACAAGACCGCCGAAGGGUCUGGCCAGAGGGUCGCAGAGAUUCACGAAUUUGGUGCGCGCAAGGGGCAUAUUGUCAGGCCCGUGAUUGAAGCUUAUAAGAAGGCUCAUCAGGACGACAAGGAGGAGAAGAGCGUCGUUAACGCGGUCGACAUGUCCAAGGCGUAA